UCGUGGCGGCGGCGGCGGCGGAGGCGGCGGCAGCGGGGGCAGCAGCGACGGCGGCGGCGGCGGGGGCCGCAGGAGCGGUGGUGCUGUCAGUUAGGCCGUCGGAGAAAUGGGAGACCCGGGGUCGGAGAUUAUAGAGUCUGUCCCUCCAGCCGGGCCUGAGGCAUCUGAGGCAACAACGGAUGAAAACGAAGAUGACAUUCAGUUUGUCAGUGAAGGACCAUUAAGACCUGUUCUUGAAUACAUUGAUCUGGUCAGCAGUGAUGAUGAAGAACCUAGCACCUCUCAUAGUGAUGAUAAUGUUAAGCAUAAAGACUAUAUUGACCAUCAGAAGGAUAAAGUUGCUUUAACUCUGGCUCGUCUAGCCCGCCAUGUUGAAGUGGAGAAACAGCAGAAGGAAGAGAAGAAUAGAGCAUUCAGGGAAAAAAUCGAUUUUCAGCAUGCUCACGGGUUACAAGAAUUGGAAUUUAUUCGAGGACAUUCUGAUACAGAAGCAGCAAGACUGUGUGUGGACCAGUGGCUAAAAAUGCCAGGACUCAAAACAGGAACAAUUAAUUCUGGAACAAAAAGUUCAUUCCGAAGAGGAGGCCAAAUGCGGGUGUCUGGAAAACCAAUAUUAUGUCCCAUAAUGCACUGUAACAAGGAAUUUGAUAAUGGGCACCUUCUCUUAGGACAUUUAAAAAGGUUUGAUCACUCUCCAUGUGAUCCAACAAUUACACUACAUGGACCAUUCAUCAAUUCCUUUGCUUGUGUAGUAUGUUACAAAAAUUUUGUUACUCAACAGCAAUAUAGGGAUCACCUUUUUGCUAAGGAAGCUGCAGAUGAUGAACAUAAAAACAACCUUCUUCCUCAGAUUAUUCAGUGUUUUGCGUGUCCAAAUUGCUUCCUUCUUUUUAACAACAAGGAUGAGUGUUUGAAGCAUAUGUCUGGAAAGAAUCAUUUUCGUCAGAAUUUUAAACUGGGUGAUGACCAGGGGAUAGCACAUCCAAUAUCAUUUCCGUCUUUUGCAAAGAAACUUCUGAUCUCUCUGUGCAAAGAUGUCCCAUUUCAAGUUAAGUGUGUGGCCUGCCACCAGACACUACGUUCCCACAUGGAGCUCACUGCCCAUUUCAGAGUUCGUUGUCGAAAUGCUGGUCCUGUAGCUGUAGCUGAGAAGAGCAUUGCCCAAGUUGCAGAAAAAUUCGUAGUAAGAGGUUAUUGUCCAAAUUGCAAGCAAGUCUUUAUGGAUGAAACCAGUACCCGAAAUCACAAGCAGAAUUCAGGGCACAAAGUCCGAGUCAUUACCUCAAUGGAAGAAUCAGUCUUACUUUAUUGCCACAGCAGUGAAGGGAACAAACCUCCUUCUGACUUGCAUCUAUUACUAGAUCAAUCAAAAUUUUCAUCACUUAAAAGAACUAUGUCUGUUCAAGAAUCUAGCUCACAAGAUUGCACCACUGUUCCAAAAAAGAAGAUGAAUUUAGAAGGUAGAAACCAUGAAGGUAUAGUUUGUGUUCAGAAAGAAAAGUCAGUUGUAAAAACUUGGUUUUGUGAAUGUCAUCAACGAUUCCCAAGUGAAGACGCAGUGGAAAAGCAUGUUUUCUCAGCAAACACAAUGUGUUAUAAGUGUGUGGUCUGUGGAAAGGUGUGUGAAGAUUCAGGGGUCAUCCGUUUACACAUGAGCCGAAUUCAUGGAGGAGCACAUUUAAAUAACUUUCUUUUCUGGUGUCGGACAUGCAAAAAGGAGUUAACGAGAAAAGAGACUAUCAUGGCACACGUGACUGAAUUUCAUAAUGGACACAGAUAUUUUUAUGAGACAGAUGAGGUAGAAGGUGAAACUUUGCCAUCAUCUUCUACAACACUGGUGAGUAAUGUGACUGCUGAGACUCCUUCUUCAACUAUUACUAUUAUUGAUCAUUCUCCAGCAAACAGUCCUCCAAGGGGUAAAUGGCAAUGCCGAAUUUGUGAAGAUAUGUUUGAUUCCCAAGAAUGUGUAAAACAGCAUUGCAUGUCUUUAGCAAGUCACCAGUUUCAUAGAUACAGCUGUGCCCAUUGCAAAAAGACUUUUCACAAGGUAGAAACACUAUACCGCCAUUGCCAAGAUGAGCAUAACAAUGAAAUAAAGGUUAAGUACUUCUGUGGGCUUUGUGAUCUUAUCUUUAAUGUGGAAGAAGCAUUUUUAAGUCAUUAUAAGGAGCACCACAGCAUAGAUUAUGUGUUUGUGCCUGAAAAAACUGAAACUUCAAUUAAAACUGAGAAUGAUUUUCCAGUAAUAGAGACUAGUAACUUGUUAACCUGUGGUUGCCGUGAGAGUUACAUCUGUAAAGUCAACAGAAAGGAAGAUUAUAGUAGAUGUCUCCACACCAUGUUGGAUAAAGGUAAACUGUGGUUUCGCUGCAGCUUGUGUUCAGCAACAGCACAGAGCGUAACUGACAUUAACACUCAUAUCCAUCAAGUGCACAGAGAAGAAAACAGUGAGGAGGAAGAGGAGCAACAGUAUGUGAUCAAGUGUGGCACCUGCACUAAAGCAUUUCAUGAUCCUGAGAGUGCUCAGCAGCACUUCCAUAGAAAACAUUGCUUUUUACGGAAACCCAGUGUGGCUCAUUUUGGAUCUGAGAAAACAAGCCUAUACAAGUUUGCUGCCAGUGCCUCACGUACAGAGAGAAAACUGAAACAGACAGUAAGCCAUCCAAAAAAUUCAGACACGGAGAAAGGAGCUGAGAAUGACCUAAGCUGUCAGAAUAUAGAUGAAGAAGUUGUUGAGCUUCCAGAUUUGGAUUAUCUGCGAACCAUGACUCAUAUAGUCUUUGUAGACUUUGAUAACUGGUCAAACUUUUUUGGUCAUCUGCCAGGGCAUCUUAACCAAGGAACAUUUAUUUGGGGUUUUCAAGGAGGAAACACCAAUUGGAAGCCUCCACUCAACUGUAAGAUCUAUAAUUACCUGAAUAGGAUUGGAUGCUUCUUCCUUCAUCCUCGUUGUAGUAAAAGGAAAGAUGCUGCUGAUUUUGCCAUAUGUAUGCAUGCUGGCCGUCUAGAUGAACAACUACCCAAGCAAAUUCCUUUCACCAUCCUCUCAGGAGAUCAAGGUUUUCUGGAGCUAGAGAAUCAAUUUAAGAAGACUCAGAGGCCAGCACAUAUACUAAACCCUCACCAUUUAGAGGGAGAUAUGAUGUGUGCCUUGUUAAAUAGCAUAUCUGAUACCACCAAAGAAUGUGACAGUGAUGAUAACCUGGGUAUAAAAAAUACUUCAACAGAAGAAGAAUUGAGAUCCACAGAAGAUGUGGAAUUAGAAGAAGCUAUUAGAAGAAGUCUUGAGGAAAUGUAAUUGUAAAGAUAUUACCACACAACAUCAAGUGGCCUUGAAGAGACUCAGGAUAAUGAAUUCUUGAGUUUGUUUUCUAAAGGAGACCAGAAAUCUGUUAGUACAAAUGUAUUUGGAAACAUGCUUUUUUUGCUUUUGCAUCUGAUAUUUGCUUUGUAUUUUUGUGCUAUUUUGCAAAAAUGUACAGAGGAAUAGAAUACAUGUUCAUGCAGAUAUAAUCAUGUAUUCUAAUAUAGUUAUCACAGUUUCCCAGUUAACUUUGAAUUUAUAUAUUUAGGUUAAAAAAACUAAAAAAUAGAGAAGCUCUUGACUAUUGUUUAUAUGUUUCCCAAAUAGCAUUAGUUGUUUAAUUUUAUUUGUACUGUACAGAUGAUUCUAGUUUAUUUUUUUAGGAGUGAAAAUGAAUAUAAAUAAAGCAGUCAUAGCUCAGUUUUUCUGUAAAUUCUAUUUCUUAUGUGGCACUAAUAUAGAAUACCUUUGAGAUCUUUGUUUAUGAUUAUUAGAAGAGAGUAAUGGAAACUGAUCAUGGAAACAGAUUAAAAACUUUUACCAGCAAUGUUCUUUGUGGGUUUCACUCAGAUGUAUAGUCCUGCUUUAUUGGAGCAGCACAUUGCUGGAAUUAAAAAAAACAAAGGAAAAAAAACCCCUAAUUUCUUUGAAAUUAUUAAAAAGAAACCUUUUCCAUUCCUUUUACCUGCUUAGGCUUUCGUGUGACUUGUAUUAUCUAAUGUUUAAAGGGAAUGAUGUCAAAAUGUUUGCAUAGAAUUAAAUGUAUUUUUAAUAAGUCUUUUUUUAUAUAUAUUUGUGUAAACAUAAUAUUCUUCCAAAAAAUAAUGUUGAUGGUUUACUCAGGAGUAACCUUUAAAAUUUUUAUUUCAUUGGAAGUGUCUUCAUUUUAAUUAUUCAUUAAAUAAAUUGUCAGUUUCCUACAUUUGGUAUUACACAUUUAAUUUUUAAAUGGUCAGGCUCCAUUGUGAAUAAUAAAAAACAUUACAUAAUUAGAAGACUAAGAAGGGCUUGUCAUACUAUCUUUGUGCGUGUGCUUCAUGACCAGAAAUGUCUUCCCUAAAGAUUUUAAGUAGUAAUUACAUACCAAACUUAAAAUUUUCUAUAAAUAUAUAUUUGUCUUUAAAACAAAAAAAUCAUGGCUAGAAUUUUCUUCUUUCUCUGCAACUUGAUAUUUUAGUGUAAAAUGGCAUUACUGGUUUUUUUUUAUUACUAUAAUCUUUCCAGUCCACAUUGGAAACAAAUAUGUGUUUUUAUUUCUUACGAUGUCAGUUCUGUCCUACCUGCUUGCAUUUUUUUUUUAAGUAGACAGACAUGUAGGUUGAGAAUUUGCCAUUUUUUUCAA